AUGACUUAUGUUCAUUAUAGAAACAAUUAUAUAUGUUCGAUCCAAUCGGAUGAUACGUUUUAUACGGAGCCCAAUGACAUCAAAUCCCAUAUCAGAGAGUUUUAUAGACGCUUGUAUAGUAAAGGGGACAAGAUUCAGUUUGACAUUUCUAGACUGCAUUUCAAUUGUUUGUCGGCAGCAGAGGGUGAUUCACUGGUCAUGGCAUUCUCUGAGAAAGAGAUUUUUGAUGCUUUGUGUUCUUGUGGGGAGAAGAAAGCACCAGACUUCUUCAGAUUUAAUACCCUGCCUAAGGGUAUUAACACUUCUUUUAUGGUUUUAGUUCCUAAAGUGGCGGGUUCAGCUAAUAUUAAAGAUUAUCGUCCUACUAGUCUUGUUAAUGGGUUCUUCAAAUUGCUAUCCAAGACGCUUUCUCGGAGAUUAGCUACUUUGCUGCCUAAAGUGUACCAGUUUGCUUUCCCGAUUGAAGUUACGGGACCGGUUGUUGCUUGCUUGUGCCUUAAAAUGGUAAAGGACAGAGCCCACGGAGCGGUGGUUCAAGAACGCCUAAGACAAGUAUGGGUUAGGGAUGCUUUUCUGAAGGGUAGAAGUAUUCAGGAGUGCACUAUGAUUGCUAAUGAGUUCGUCCAUUCAGCAUUGAGAAAGAAGGUUAAAUUGCCUGUUUUAAAGCUGGACUUCCAUAAGGCUUUUGAUAGUAUUGAAUGGGAUUACUUGCUAUUGGUGUUCAGAUGUGUGAAGUUUCCUGCUAAUUGGUUGAAGUGGAUGUCCUGUUGUUUCUCUUUGGCUACCACGUCUGUUCUGGUAAACGGUAGUCCUGAUGACCCUAUUAGUUUACAGAGGGGUGUGGGUCAAGGUGACCCCAUUUCCCCCUACCAGUUCGUCUUAGCGGUAGAGGGUUUGAAAUGCUUACUUGAUAAAAUUAUGGAACUGGGGCUAACUCGGGGGUUCUCUUACUCUUAUAAUCAUGAUCCGAUCUCAAUGCUUCAAUUCGUAGACGGUACUAUUUUAUAUGUUCCAAAUGACAUUAAGCAACUCAGAAACUUGACACAUAUUCUUAGAUGUUUUGAGUUAAUCUCGGGUCUAACUAUUAACUUUCAUAAGAUCACUAUUAUGGGUAUUAAUAUUAGUGAGAUUGAGUUAUUGGAAGAUGCGCAGGUGGUUGGUUGCAGGGUUGAAUCUUUUCCAAUCAAGUAUUUGGGUCUUCCUUUAUCGAGCUGGAAGCUUGCGAUGAGUUCUUGGGAUCAUGUGGUGGAGCGUUUCAAAUCACGAUUGGCUUUAUGGAAAGGGUCUCUUCUUUCUGCGGCAGACAGUGGUUUGGAUAUUUCUAAUUUGCAUGUUAGAAAUCAAAGCUUGUUGUUCAAGUGGAUUUGGAAGUCGAGGGUUAGUAAUAAUAAUUCACUUUGGUUUAAAGUCGUGUCUAGUGGCUCAAUUGUGGUAGAUUGGGAUUCACUAAUAAACAACGAUGUUAAAAAAUUAUCGUUGGCAUGGGAGAUUCUAUUUCGCUUUGGAAUGAUAUAUACUUGGAUGGGUGACGCCCUAGCAUCUAUUUUAAGGUUGGCAUGGGAGAUUCUAUUUCGCUUUCAUCUUUCGAACCAAAAGCAUGUUACUAUUAAUGUUAUUCAGGGGUGGAGAUGGAGGCGAAGAUUGAGAGGUAAUGAAUUGUUGUUGCUAAGAGAUUUACAAGCUUCGUUUAGUGUUUUAGUUCCUCGGAUGGAUAGAUCGGAUGAGACUGGGCAAGAAGAAAUUGUGCAGCAACAAGAUGGUUCUGAUCUGGUUUUACAUGGUUUUGAUGAGCAAGAAAGGAAUGGAAGUGUUAUUUUGCAUGGGGCUGUGCAUGGGAACAGUGUGAGCCAAUUAAAUGAGACUAACAAUGUUAGUUUUAGGAGGCAAUCAAAUGUGCAGAAAUCUCAAGCUCCUCCCAAAGUAAAGUUUUUUCUAUGGUUAGCCGUUCAAAACCGACUCCUUUCUCUUAUUUUUCUUGCAAAACGCUCAAUUAUUUCUAUGGAUAAUCUUUGUUCUUUAUGCGGAGAGGACGAAAAGCAGGAGCAUAUUUUUAUUCACUAUGCACUACUAGAAAACAGUAAAUUACCGACAGAAUUUUUUUGA